AUGAGCGGCGGAGGCGACGUGGUGUGCACCGGCUGGCUGAGGAAAUCGCCCCCCGAGAAGAAGUUAAGACGCUAUGCCUGGAAGAAACGCUGGUUUAUCCUACGGAGUGGCCGGAUGAGUGGUGACCCAGAUGUUCUGGAGUACUACAAGAAUGAUCACUCUAAAAAGCCCCUGCGGAUCAUCAACCUAAACUUCUGUGAGCAGGUGGAUGCAGGCCUGACCUUCAACAAGAAGGAGCUGCAGGAUAGUUUUGUGUUUGACAUCAAGACCAGUGAGCGCACUUUCUAUCUGGUGGCUGAGACAGAGGAGGACAUGAAUAAGUGGGUCCAGAGCAUCUGCCAGAUCUGCGGCUUCAACCAGGCCGAGGAGAGCACAGCAGAUUCCCUGAGAAACAUUUCCUCAGCAAGUCAUGGCCCCCGCUCUUCUCCAGCUGAGUUCAGCGGUUCCAAUCAGCACCUUCUCCGAGAACGAAAAUCCUCAGCUCCUUCACACUCUAGCCAGCCAACCUUGUUCACGUUUGAGCCCCCAGUGUCAAACCACAUCCAGCCCACCUUGUCUACCAGUGCACCUCAGGAGUAUCUCUACUUGCAUCAGUGCAUAAGCCGGAGAGCAGAAAAUGCAAGGAGUGCCAGCUUCUCUCAAGGCACCAGGGCCUCGUUUCUCAUGAGGAGCGACACAGCUGUACAGAAACUUGCUCAGGGCAAUGGGCACUGUGUCAAUGGGGUUGGUGGUCAAGUUCAUGGCUUCUACAGCCUUCCCAAGCCUAGCCGGCACAAUACAGAAUUCAGAGACAGUACAUACGACCUCCCCCGGAGCCUGGCCUCUCAUGGCCCCACCAAGGGAAGCCUCACCGGUUCUGAGACGGAUAAUGAAGACGUGUACACCUUCAAGACUCCCAGCAACACCCUGUGCCGGGAGUUUGGGGACCUCCUGGUGGACAAUAUGGAUGUCCCGACCACUCCAGUGUCAGCCUACCAGAUCCCUAGGACAUUCACGCUGGACAAGAACCACAAUGCCAUGACAGUAGCCACUCCUGGAGACUCGGCCAUAGCUCCUCCACCCCGGCCCCCUAAACCAAAUCAGGCGGAAACACCUCGAUGGGGCAGUCCUCUGCAGAGACCUCCAAUCAGUGAAAACAGUAGAUCAGUUUCUGUAGCUGCCACCAUCCCCAGACGCAAUACCCUCCCUGCCAUGGACAACAGCCGACUUCACAGAGCUUCUUCCUGUGAGACCUACGAGUACCCCCAGCGUGGUGGAGAGAGUACAGGCCGCUCUGCUGAAUCCAUGAGUGAUGGAGUCACUUCUUUCCUGCCAGGGAAAACAGGUGUGGGCCGAUCAGACAGCGCCAGUUCUGAAGACAACUAUGUGCCCAUGAAUCCCGGCUCCUCCUCCAUGGUGGCCAUGGAGCGAGCAGGUGAUAACACCCAGAGUGUCUACAUCCCCAUGAGCCCAGGGCCCCAUCACUUCGACUCGCUUGUUUACCCAUCCACAGCCCUUCCAGUGCACCGGGGCCCCAGUCGAGGAAGUGAGAUCCAGCCACCCCCUGUCAACCGCAACCUCAAGCCUGACCGCAAAGCAAAACCAAUACCACUUGACUUGAGAAAUAAUACUGUCAUUGAUGAGCUCCCCUUCAAAUCACCCGUCACCAAGUCUUGGGCUAGGACCAUCCACACCUUCAACUCGAGCUCCUCCCAUUACUGCCGCCCCAUCUCCACGCAGAGCAUCACCAGCACAGACUCAGGAGACAGCGAAGAGAACUACGUCCCUAUGCAAAACCCAGUAUCUGCAUCUCCCAUUCCCAGCGGCACCAACAGUCCAGCCCCCAAGAAGAGCACUGGCAGUGUUGAUUAUCUGGCCCUGGACUUCCAGCCGAACUCUCCAAGCCCCCACCGCAAGCCAUCCACGUCAUCUGUCACUUCUGACGAGAAGGUGGACUAUGUUCAAGUGGACAAGGAGAAGACCCAGGCCCUGCAGAACACCAUGCAGGAGUGGACAGAUGUGCGGCAGUCCUCGGAGCCUUCCAAGGGGGCCAAGCUGUGA